UAAUAAGCUAUAAAACCUACAGCAGGAAAGUAAUUGAAUUUUUAUUUUAGUAAAAGCUCAUUUGACAAAAAAUAGAAGCAAAACUACAUAUAAGAAUUAUUAUGUUUGUUCCCACUUGUUUUGUGUCUUUUUUUUUUCCCACGAAGUUUGAGAGAAAAUUACUAAGAUUGGUCCAUUUUUUGCAUGGAUAACCUAAUUCUGUUUAACCAAAAUGAGGGCAGUAAAUUUUUAAAAUAAAGAUGUGAUGAACCAGGUUAUGGAAAGUAAACUAAUUAUAAUUUCAAUGAGAGAAAAUUAAAUUAAAUAUGUAUUACAAAUUAAUUUACAUUAGAUCUAAGAAAAACCAUGAAUUCCUUACGUGUUUAGUAACUGAAUCAUACUAUGUUUUCUUUAUUAAGAGGAACAUUUCAUAAUUAUUGUGUCUUGUAUAGAUUUUCCAGAGGUCGUAGGCGUUCUCGUUGGAAGCUCAAGUUCCAUCACCAGGCUCUGCCGCCCGAGUACCUCGAUCACUAUGAGGCUGCCAUGGCUCAGCAAGACGCCGCAGCCAAGUCCGCUCCUGUCGCCAAGUCCGAGAGCAAGAGCAAGCCAGCCUGCUCGACCACCAAGGCCUUGCCGCCGUUAGUGCCGCGCUCGGUGAUGACCGAGAAGAAGUUUGACAACCUGCUUCACCUGAUCAAGAAGGAUCAAGAGGCGGUGAAGCUGGGACCGUCGCAGCCGCCGGCGCUGCGCAACCUGCGCCCAGCCGAUCAGCUCCAUUUCACCCCGACAUCCACGUUGGGCGUCAACAGUGAGAGUGAGCUGCUCAACAGGCUGCAACAGAACACGCAGCGGUACCAAGCAGACGACCGCAUGGCCAUCGAAAAGACGACGGUGAGCGAAAAAAGAACUGGCGCUAGCAACAAUGCUUCUCGAGGGAAAGGCCUGCUCGGAAGUUUACUUUCUGGUAAUGCGUCCCCAGAAAUCAGCAUAAAAGCGUGUUCUGAAACUGACAGGAAGAAGAGGUCAUCUGUGAUAAUAACAAAUUGUGCAAGUACAAAUCUCAACAGGACGUCCACGCCAGCAACGACUUCCGCCCCAACCACGAGCCGCGUUAUGAAGUACCAAGAUCUACCGUAUAUGGGAGAGAUAACGCUGGACAACACAAAGCCACGGCGAGGGAGGAAGCCCAAGAAGGCAGAUAUAUGCCAUCUCAUUUACAAGAACUACGGAACCAUCUUCCCAGGAGCCCCAAAUCAAAAUGCCGCUGCAGAAACUGAGGACGUGUUGAAGAUGAAAUCACAAGGUGCUGCAUUCAGUUCAACCUACCACACCAACUCAAAACUCAACAAGAAAGAUGGUCCACUCCCAACUGGUAUUAAGUGCAGGCCAUUAGAUUCUUUAAAAUCAAGUCCUCCAAUAAACCACGCUGAUGUUCAAAAUCGUAUCAUCAGCAGUUUAUUAGAAAAAAGAUUGACUGCAGCAUCAAUGGAUGCCAAGAGAAAUGCGCUGAGUCUGGAGAGUUCCCUACUAAGGCAUGCCCAGACGGACGGUGAAAAUACAACAAACAGAAUUAAAGAACCCUGGUUACACAAACACAUCAUUCCUCCUUCAGACGGGGCUGAUGAGCCACUGAACCUCUGUAUCAAAGAUCUAAAUCAACUUAAGAUAAGACUGUUGAGAAAACAUGGAAACUUUUACGAGCCACGAAGUAAUAAUAAUGUAAUGGUGAAGAGUGAGCCGAACUCGCCAAGUGAAGUGGAGCAAAUUGAACUGAGAGACUCCCCUAAAGAGAAUAUGUCUACAUUUUCUGAUGAUGCAGAAUCAACUGGGACUAGCAGCAGCAGAAAUCAAACACCACUGUCUCGACAGUUAGAACAGGACAGUUCUCUUUCCUUCCCAUCUAUUAGUACCCCAGCACAGUUUCCUAAUCCUUCUCUUCUACCUACAGAUGCCAUAAACCCAAUUACCAGUGGGUAUGUAUAUUGGCCUAAUGCAGGAGUGUUCGUACAUCCAAUGGCGUUACAGUCGCAACUACUUUACUACCAAAAAAUGGGGGCCAUUCCGAUCCUCCCUGUGCCUCCAGUUGAGCCACUGUCUACAUUUAUACCCUCCCCUAUUGCUCCAAACACCUUGAUUCCGAAUCUCCCGGCAAUUUUGGCUGCCCAGCGAAAUGACACUGGAGAUAGCCAUGUUAAAGAUCAUCAGCGACAAACAGCCUCGUGCAUCAAACCAUGCCUUCCAAAGGGAUUUUCUUCCAUCCUUCACACUAAGCCAACAGAAAUGCCUUCUGAAUUGUCCUUCCCUAGAAUGAAACGAUUAGCUCCUCUUGGAAAUCUGCCCCAUGCUGGAAGCACCUCAACGACAAAACGAAAGCGUUCCGCCAUAUUUAUUCCACCAAUGCCAUCAGAAAACAACAACAACCCAACAACUGAAGUAAGCAUCUGUAAGUUUAAGUUUACUGGUGGUGCAAAACCAAGCCUGCAAGAGAAGAAAAUGUUGUCCGUAGAUUCAGGGGGAAAUUUUAGGUAUUACAGUGGCACGGGUGACAAAUCUAUGAGGGGCUACGAGUUUUUUCCUAGGGAAUCCCUCCAUCCAUCUACAGGAUCAAACAACGUAACAUCUCAAGAAAGUAAUUUUGCAUUGUCGACCAUGGGUGUCUGUGACAGUACGUCCCCGAACAACCAGCACGUGGGCCAUCCCACUACUUUCACAGAAAAAGCUAAACCAAAUUUUCCUAUUAGUGAUGUAAGAUUAGAUCAUCAGAUGUAUGUACCUGGUUUCAAUGACAGUAUUCUUGAUACCUUAGAAAGUGAUACCCUCUUGAAACCUAGGGAAACCGAAGAAGAUCAGUUUAAUCAAAAUGUUGGUGUAGACUUUAAUAAAAAACUUAGUGCGGGUGACGAGGCAGACAGUUAUGCUGCCAACAAAGCUGACGAAUCUUGUAGCUUGCAAUUGAAGACCCGGCGGAAACGGAAAACGCGCAAGUCACUUGCGAGGGAGAAACUGGAGCAGACAUUCAAAGAGAAAGGUUUCUUGAUACAAACUCAGCAGCUGGAGUCGGCCGAAGGAGCGACGUACUGCAAGUUCCGGCAGCUCCGCAAGUUCACUCGUUACUUGUUCCGAAGCUGGAAGGACUACCUGCCGGGCAACGUGAGGGAAAUGUCACUAGCUGCAGGUGUGGGGGGCUCUGGAACAUCUCCUGUUCAGCGUGACAUGGAAGUUGAAAGAGAACUGUCUUCAAACAGUCCACAUUCUAAUCAAGAAUCAACAGAGGUUGUCCAACCACCUCCCACAGAAUAGAAGUGUGAAAGAUUUUUAAUUUUUUAUAGCGUGUGUGUGGGAAUGUUCGAUGAAACUGUUACCUUUUAUAGGAAAUUUAUGUUAUUUAUAAAUAAUGUAUUCACUGUGCAUAAUAUGAACCCACCCAUUCCACUACUGGUGCAAUCAGUGACUCAUAAAGAUGCAAACAAUGUUAUUACAACAUGUUGUCCUAUAUCUAGAUUUUCAAACACAAUGAAAAUUGUAAUUACUUUUAAA